AUGGUAGGCAUAGACAAGAAGAGGGAGAUAUGUCGGUUCAACGAGAGCUUCGAUAGAGCCCUUGUGUCCAUCCCUCGCCGCUCCAUUCUCAUCUUCAUCUGGGGGGCACAACAAUCGUUCCACUCGUUCCGUAUAGCUCCUGAAACGAUCCCUUAG